CCGCUCGGCGUUUUGUACUUCGCGCAUGCGUAGACAGAGCCGGUCCUGAAGGGAAGAGCCGGACAGUUCUGUCGGUUGAGGUUGUUCCCAGCGCGCAAGCGCAGUAUUUCCAGGAGGCGGUAAAAUGGCGGCGCCCGUAGACCUCGAACUAAAAAAGGCGUUUACCGAACUUCAAGCCAAGGUCAUCGAUACCCAGCAAAAGGUGAAACUGGCAGACAUGCAAAUAGAUCAGCUGAACAGGACCAAAAAGCAUGCACAUCUUACAGAUACAGAGAUUAUGACUUUGGCUGAUGAGACACGAAUGUAUGAAGGUGUAGGAAGAAUGUUUAUUCUUCAGUCCAAAGGAGUAAUUCACAACCAGCUCCUAGAAAAAAAGAAAAUAGCAGAAGAGAAAAUUAAGGAAUUGGAGCAAAGAAAGUCAUACCUAGAACGGAGUGUAAAGGAGGCCGAAGAUAAUAUCCGGGAGAUGCUGAUGGCUAGAAGAGCACAAUAGGGCUUCAGCCCUACCAGUGACUGCUCCUUGCAUUUGGACUGAGUGGCUGAAAGGAGAAUGCACUAGAUGGCUGUGCUUGGUCACGAAGAUACAAUGUGCUUGUGUUAUGUAGCUGAGUCAUGUCUAACCCAUUCUGUAUUUUGAUAUACCAAUAAAUUAUACUUCCAUCACUUACUGUGA